CCAUCUGGAGGGACCAUCAUCCGAUAUAACAAGACCCAGUUCAACCAGAGUUCCUCAUGGCCAAUGAAGCGGAGAACCAGAAUGUUACCAAGGCAGAGAACAUCGUGACCAGGAUCACCAACCUGCCCUUGGUCAGCUCCGCGUACGACGUUUGGUCCUCCGUGUACCAGUAUGCCAAGACGACCUACCCUUGCGUCAACACCGCCUGCAACAUUGUCGAGAUGGUGGCCGCGGUGGCUGUGGGCAGUGCCCGCGGAGGGGCCCAACCUCUCCUGCCCCAUCUUGAGCCUCAGAUUGCAACCGUGAACGAAUAUGCUUGCAAAGGAUUGGACAGACUGGAGAAAAAACUGCCAAUUCUUCAACAACCAACUUACCAGGUCUUUGAAGAUGGCGUCACCUUGACCAAGACGGUGGUUUCGUCCACCGUCCAGGCAGCUGGUGAAGCCAAGGAACGCAUGACCCAGAAAGUGACCAAAGCUGUUGACCUUACCAGGGACAUUGUCCAGGACAGCAUCACCUUGACCAAAUCUGUGGUGAGCACCACCGUCAACACGGCCCGGAACGCUGCCAACGAAGCCAAGGGCCUCAUGACUCACCACGCGGCUGACAUGGUCAACCUGGGCAAGGAGACCAUGAAUGAGGGCGUUGACCUUACUCGAUCGGUGGUGUCCAACACGGUCAAGGCUGCCCGUCAAGUGCAGAGCGCUGGGGCUCUCCAGGAGGGCGUGGAGAUGACAUCUUUGUUUCGGCAAGCCGUGGCCAGCGGAGUGGACACCUUGUUGGAUAAGACAGAAGAGAUGGUGGAUUAUUACCUUCCCAUGUCAGGAGAAGAACUUGCCCAGCUGGCUAACCAGGUUCAGGGCGUCAGUCCGGCCUCCGUGGACGAGCAGCGCAGAGAUCAGAGUUACUUUGUCCGCCUGGGUUCCCUCUCCAGCAAACUCCGUUCCCGGGUCUACCGGCAUUCCCUGAAUCGGCUUCACGUGGUCCAGGAAAACACCCAGGACUUGCUCGGCCAGCUCCAGUAUGUGAUAAACCUGGUGGGACAUUUGAAAGACAGUGCUGGGAGCCAAUUCCAGGAAGCCCAACAGAAACUGAACCAAAUUUUGCUCAAAUGGACCCACAUUCAGUCAGAAGACGGUCAGGAAAGAAGAAAGAAAGAAAACUCCCCAGAACAGGUUGAGUCGGCGACUUUGGCCAUAUUGAGAUCCCUCAUCCAAGACCUCAGCCCUGCUUACACCUGGUUGAUGUCCACUGUUGAAGUGCUGCCCAGGAGCCUCCGCGAAAGGGUGGACCAAACUCAGAGUAACUUCCAACACCUCCACCGCUCCUUCUCUACUGCCGAGUCUUUCCAGGAUCUGUCCUCCGGCUUCCUCACCCAGAGCCAGGAGAUGAUCUCCCAAGCCCGGGAUGUUCUCCACAUGUUGGCGGAACACCUCAUCCAGAUCACCCCUCUGAACUGGAUCGUGGGGCCCUUCCGACCCCAGGAAAGAGGGCCGGGGACCUCCCGGGAGGAGAGCGGGACAGGGCGGCUGAAGGAGACGGGCAAAGGCGUCAGGGCGUCCCCGUCGGAGAAGGUGGCAACCAAGAAGAUGAGGAGGAUGGAGGACACAACCGAGGUGGACCCCAGAGAGUCCACAGAGGCAAUAGGGGCCUUGAAGGAGCUGCUAGCAGGCUCCGAGGGGGCCCCCGAAGAGAAGAACUAGGAGAAAGGAGAGACGAAGACCACCGUGCCAGUAGGAAGUCUACAGGGAUCCCCACAAGGCAUGGUCGAAAGUCCCAAAAUGGUGACCACAACAAAGCUUUGAUGGCUUCGUUGGGUCCACCAUUCGACCACACCUUGCGGACA